CUUUUGUGAGGCUAGUACUGCCAGCUGACACAGAGGUCUUCAAAGUGAAGAUGGCGAGAGGUGCUCGUAGUUUGAGGAUAGCGGUAGCCGAGUGCAUCAACCAGUUACCAACUACAGUUUGCCGGGGGGCACCUCGAAGGAAUGGUGUGAGAUACCUGUCCUCAUGCGGGAUCCUCAUGACCCGGGGGCUCCCCUUACUCCGGGCGAGCCCCGGCCGCCCCCCCAUCGCCCCCCCCGCCGCCCGCAGCUUCUUCAACCUGGCCGAGUCCUUCAACAAGAGGAAGGAGUACUCCGAGCGCCGCAUCAUCGGGUACUCCAUGCAGGAGAUGUAUGACGUGGUGGCGGGGGUGGAGGAUUACUGCCAAUUUGUGCCGUGGUGCAAACGCUCCGAAGUGGUCUUCCGCCGGACGGGGUUCUGCAAGGCCAAGCUGGAGGUGGGCUUCCCCCCCGUGAUGGAGCGGUACACCUCGCUGGUCUCCACAGUGCGCCCCCACAUGGUCAAGGCCGCCUGUUCAGAUGGCAAGCUGUUUAACCACCUGGAGACGGUGUGGCGUUUCAGCCCUGGGCUGCCUGGCUAUCCCCGCACCUGCACCCUGGAUUUUGCUAUCUCCUUCGAGUUCCGCUCGCUGCUGCACUCCCAGCUGGCCGCGGUCUUCUUCGACGAGGUGGUGAAGCAGAUGGUGUCGGCGUUCGAGCGGCGGGCCGGCAAGAUCUACGGGGCCGAGACCCGCAUCCCGCAGGAGCUCAUGUUCCACGAGAUCCACCAAACGUAGCGCCGCCCGCGCCGCGCCCACGCCGCGCCCGGGAGAACAGGGAACAGGGAGGGGCGGGAGGGGGCGGGACUGAGGCCUCACGUGACUGACCGCCAUUGUGCCUUUUUUUUUUUUUUUUACAACCUGACCGUUUCGUUUUUAAAAAUUCCCAGCGUCCACCUGCUCCGAGCUCAGUGAGCUCAGUUUGCCCCGCCUUCCACUGCCCCGGCCCUGCCCCCGCGCCCCAAAACCCCUCCUCCUCCUCUUCUGUCACUCUUCAGCACGGCUCCCCCUGCUGGUGUAGACGAGAAGUGCACCGUCGCUGCUGUUCCUCCAGUGGCUGAGGUCAGCGGUGCUGCACACGGGAAACUAAAUCCAUUUAAGGGCUAAAAUGCUAAUCAGUUCAGAGGGUUAAAUGACUGCGCCGUGCCUGGGCAGUGCCUCUCGUGUCCCUGGGGUACCGGGCGUGAUUUCGGGUGCCUUGGUUACUAAGAUUCGGACGCAUCGUGUUCAGGCCAUCUCCCCACAGCGCUGUGCAUCGAUUGUGGCAGCGUCGCGGAAACGUGUGACUGAACCCCAGGGCAGCGAGCGGCGGGCGAGUGUGGUGCACUCGCAGCAGGAGAGAGAGUUUCCGUCUGAGCGCAGUGCGUACAGUCAGCGGACGCGCGGACCGAGUUUCCGCCAAAAAUAACCCGACUGUAAGUGCAGAAAACGCGCUCUGCGGCGGCCCUGCGGGGUGCAGCUGCGCCAGGGAAGGGAGUUUGAGUGACAGGCGACGCGUUCUAAUUUAGGAUGGCCUUCCUGGCAUCCCGGCCUUCCCCGUCAGCUGAAGAGGGUUUGAACGAGCGCUAGAGUUUCCUCUUAAUGAGCGCUCCAGAGCCAGGCCGCUCGCACGCUCACCCUCGCACACUCGCCCUCGGAUGCUCGCACGCUCACCCUCGCACACUCGCCCUCGCACGCUCACCUUCGCACACACAUCCUCGGACGCUCACACGCUCACCCUCGCACACUCGCCCUCGGACACUCACACUCACCCUCGAACGCUCACCCUCGCACACUCACCCUCACACACUCGCCCUCGCACACUCGCCCUCGGACACACCCUGCACACUCACCCUCGCACGCUCGCCCUCACACACUCACCCUCGGACACUCACCCUGCACACUCACCCUCGCACGCUCGCCCUCACACACUCACCCUCGGACGCUCACCCUCGCACACUCACCCUCGCACGCCACGUGUGCCAUAUUAUAUCCCGUUUGGUUGAGACCCACUCCUGCAUAACUGGAGCCUGUCCCACCGCUAGUUUGGGCGCAAACCCGCUGGAACAAGACCCGUUUUAAGUUGCUGUAGCUGCGUGUCAGGUUGGUUGUACAGAUGAAAGCUUUACCAUCACAGGGCCUCGAAUCUCCUUCCAUACCCACUGCCUCUCCCCUUCUCAUAGUUUAUAUUUUUUAAUCUCCAUGUAUACGCAUAUUAUCACUCAUAUUUAUUUAGAUUUAUUUGACAGCCACAUGUGCACAUCCCUUAUGUUAAGACCUCAGAUGAAGGUGCACUUCGUUGCCAAAUGUAUUUUUCCUUCUUUCCUUUUUAUUUUCCAGUGCAAAUGAACUUGUUUUAACGAGUGUUAGUGUUAAAAAAAAGGGUGUUUAUGUAUUCAGGCUGCAUGGUUAAUAAAAUAUUUUUAUACAAAGGU